CUCUCUUUUUCUCUGUUUGACAGUAAUUACUCCUUACAGGCUCUUCCAAGACAGCUGUCCACUAAUGCCGGGCUGCCGUCGCCUCUGCAGGUGGCUGCUCUAGUUGUAUGCAUGUAUUCGGCCUCGACCACUAGCCAGUCCGUUCAUGCAGCCACAGUUGACAAGUCAGCGCGCAACGAGUGUAGCAGGACGCUUAUAUCCCAAAGAAUAUACUACGUCUAUAGAUUUAUACGGUGUACUCAAAUCAUAAUACGUUUCUAGGCAUAACAUGCACUUCAUGGAGAUUGUUUACUGUAACAUAGGUAAGGAGGAUAUCACGACUGGCUGUAACAAAGGAAAAAGAAUCAUCUCGUAAUGUAAGAAGUAGGUAGUAAUGGCUUCUCAUUCCCCUAGAAUCAUUAUAGAAAUUAUAAAGCUGCAAAAUCCCAAGUGCAGUCCGAUGAAAUAGCAAACUAUGCGACAUGUCUGCAGGACAGCUGCUGCCGUGGCCGUCGCUAAAAGUCAUAUGCAAUGUGCUCCGCGGAGCCGUGGCUGGGCUAGUACAACACCCUUCUCGUGAAGCAACAGGCCACAUUCAUGUAGUACAAAAGACAAGAUCACACUCUGCCUGCCUGUUGCACGCCGCUUGCUCCUUGAAUCUUACUCUACAGCUUGCUCGUAGUUACGCAGAGCUCCAAAGACGCCUCCCUGUAGUAUUAGUAUUGAG